GCAAGCAUCCUGACGCGCCCUCAUACGUGUCUGUCAACACACCCAGCUCAGUCACUCCUCCUCCUGACACAGCCACAACCCUGUAGCAGUGGCGACCGCCAUUAAACUCCUUGCGCAUCCCAUGCCUUUGCCUCUACCUGUACCUUGAGCCUGAGCUAGAUCGACUUCACUGCCUUGCCCCCUCUGUGAGCUCACAAACACCUGUGGUUGGGGUCUGAGCUGAGCACGGAGAGAUGAUGCUGAGAGGGCAAGCCGGCGGUGGCGGCAGGUGCCUCUUCACGGCGUCGCAGUGGCGCGAGCUUGAGCACCAGGCGCUCAUCUACAAGUACAUGGCCGCCGGCUCGCAGGUGCCCCACGAGCUCGUCAUCCCGCUCCGCCACCACGACGCCGCCGCCGUCGACACCAUCCCCUCCCUCGGCAGCUGCUUCCCUCCUCCGCAGCCUUCCCUCGGCUGGGGGCUCUACGGGAUGGGGGCGCAGUACGCGCGCAAGCCGGAGGACCCGGAGCCCGGUCGGUGCCGGCGCACGGACGGCAAGAAGUGGCGCUGCUCCAGGGAAGCGUACGGGGAGUCCAAGUACUGCGACAGGCACAUGCACCGCGGCAAGAACCGUUCAAGAAAGCCUAUGGAACACAUGUCCUCCACCUCCACCGUCUCCUCCCCCGCCCCAGCCCAGCCAGGCGCGGCAUACCGCCCCUCCGCCCUCUCCAUCUCGCCCCCGGUGCCGGCCGACACGCCCUCCAGCUACGGCCACUACCAGACCCGUCCCGACACCUCCGCCGCUCGCGCUGCGGCUCAGCUCCAUCUCGACUCCCCGUCACCACCUCCAUCCUACCACAGGUACGCGCAGGCGCAGCAGCAGUACUGCGCUUCUCCUUUCUUCCCGAGCGGCGGCGGCUACGGCUACGGCUACGGGCAGUCCAGGCAGCAGGAGCAGGAGGAGGCGGAGGCCAUGGCCAGGCGGCGGCAGCACUGCCUGGCCCUCGGCGCCGACCUCAGCCUCGACAAGCCGGACGCUGGCGCUGCCUCGUCGGUCACCACGGAGGAGAAGCCGCUGCGCCGCUUCUUCGACGAGUGUCCGCGCGACGACACCAGCGUCGACGGGAGGCCGUGGUAUAUGGGCCACCGGGACGAGACGCUGCUCUCCAUGUCCAUCCCCACAACGGCGCGCUACCCAAACGGCGGUGAAUAAUCAGUCGGCCUAUCCCGUUUGCUGCCCGCAGGAGCGCUGCCUCGUUCUCCCGUUUGAUCAUCUGCGCGCGGCUAGGGCAGACGAUGCGUUUCGACAAUCUGCUGCCCCUCAUCAAGCGAUGAAGUUGUGUGCUUUGGUCUUGUAUCCCAUCUUUAGGGCCGUUUCGUUCUCUUCCCAUGUAACCUUCUGGUUUAACGACCAAAAAGCAACCUGAUUUUCUCUAUCGAGCUUCGACGUCAUGUAUUGUCCGAGUUUGGUCGUCAUGUAUUGUCACAAGGAAGCAAGGUGUAGUGUACUCUGCCAUUUCUCC